UUACAUAAUCCAACUAGCUAUUUAACUAUUUAGAUCAUGCUGUAUGCGUGAUCUGCCGCCCCCUGCUCAUGUGCAGAUGCUGUGUGGGAGUUCAGGGUGCUGCUGGUGAGGGAGAGUAUGAGGUCAGGCCUGCUGGAGCUGUACUCCACCCCCCUGGGGCUCCUGUGCCAAACAUAGCAGCGCCAGCCUGGAGAUAGACCUUAACACUCUUGUCCCAGAAGUACACGGGUGAGCAGCUACAACAGGUUUUGUUUGCCAAACGGUGGGUUGGGGCCUACUCGUGUGACUCAUGGCCGUUGCAAUUCCUACAUAAGAGUGGGCUGUGGCCAGAAACAUUACUUUAUUUGGAGGGUCACAGGAAAAUACAAUGGGAUCCAAAUCAAAUGUUACUUAGCAGAUGUGAAAUGCUUGUAUGUUUUUGGUUGGGCGAGGCACAAAAAUGUUUGCCUGACGACUCAUCCUGAAUUUAAUUCUGCUGCUCUAUCAGUCGCUGCAUACAGUGUAUUUGGAAAAUAUUCAGACCCCUUCACUUUUUCCACAUUUUAUGUUGCAGUCUUAUUCUAAAAUGGAUCAAAUAAAAUAAAAAUCCUCAUCAAUUUACAGACAAUACCCCAUAAUGACAAAACAUAAUAUUUUUUUAGGGGGAUAAAGAUAUUAAAAAUAAAAAACAAAUGUUUCUCAGGUGCAUCCUGUUUCUAUGAAUCAACCUUGAGAUGUUUCUACAACUUGAUUGGAAUCCACCUGUGGUAAAUUGAAUUGAUUGGACAUGAUUUGGAAAGGUACACACCUGUCUAUAUAAGGUUCCACAGUGCAUGUCAGAACAAAAACCAAGCCAUGAGGUCGACGGAAUUGUCCAUAGAGCUCCGAGACAGGAAUGUGUCGAGGCACAGAUCUGGGUGAGGGUACCAAAACAUUUCUGCAGCAUUGAAGGUCCCCAAGAACACAGUGGCCUCCAUCAUUCUUAAUGGGAGACGUUUGGAACCACCAAGACUCUUCCUAGAGCUGGCCGCCCGGCCAAACUUCGCAAUCGGUGGUCACUCUGACAGAGCUCUAGAGUUCCUCUGUGGAGAUGGGAGAACCUUCCAGAAGGACAACCAUCUCUGCAGGACUCCACCAAUUAUGCUUUUAUGGUAGAUUGGCCAGACGGAAGCCACUUCUCAGUAAAAGGGACAUGACAGCCCGCUUGGAGUUAACUCUCAGACCAUGAGAAACAAGAUUCUCUGGUCUGAUGAAACCAAGAUGGAACUCUUUGGCCUGAAUGCCAAGUGUCACGUCUGGAGGAAACCUGGCACCAUCCCUACGGUGAGGUAUGGUGGUGGCAGCAUCAUGCUAUGGGGAUGUUUUUCAGUGACAAGGACUGGGAGAGCAGUCAGGAUCGAGGGGAAAGCUUAAUGGAGCAAAGUACAGAGAGAUCCUUGAUGAAAACCAGCUCCAGUGCACUCCGCCCUAGUCUGAGGUCCUAAGGACCCUUAAGCACGCAGCCAAGAAAACGCAGGAGUGGCUUUGGGACAAGAACCCGGCCUUGAACCCGAUCGAACAUCUCUGUAGAGACCUGAAAAUAGCCUGACAGAGCUUGGAUGGGAAACUCCCCAAAUACAGGUGUGACAAGCUUGUAGCGUCAUACCCAAGAAGACACAAGGCUGUAAUCGCUGCCAAAGGUUGCGUCAACAGAGUAAAGGGUCUGAAUAAAUGUGAUAUUUCAGUUUUUUUAGCAAACAUUUCAACAAAAAAAACAAAAAAACAUUUUGCUUUGUCAUUAUAGGGUAUUGUGUGUAGAUAGAUGAGGCGGAAAAACUAGUUAAUUAAUUUUAGAAUACAGCUGUAACCUAACAAAAUAUGGAAAAGGUCAAGGGUUCUGAGAACUUGGUGCUGAAUACCUGUCCUGCUGGACACUCCUCCUGACAAGCUGCACCAGCCUGUGGGUAAGAGGAGUUUUUUUCCCAGUGUCUUUCAACCCAUGCAUCUUGUCUCUUUCUCAUCUGCAGUUUGUGACACGGUCUCACCAUCAGUAUUCUUUCUUUCUCACAGCAACAGAUUAGUACAGGUAUUGGUUGAGAGGCUCUACUCCUUACUUGUCAUUCUCAGACACACCUUCCUCCUUACCAUCUGAUGAGAACAUUGUCCCCACUGCCCAGGACUUCUUACUGCUGGAUUUGUAGGUGACAGUGAGCCUGAAAAAUCAUCAUCUAUGAUCCACUGAUGGGCAUCAUGUCUGGAGCACUGCGAAUGGAUGAAGCUCAGUACAGCAUGAAAAUGAUUGAAAACGAGCUGAUGAUGAAUUCGUCCUAUGACUUCAUGCCCCCUGUGGAUGUCAAGAUCGAGCCCUAUGUACCGGAGACCGGUGGGUUUCUACUUUCUACCCUACGUACACAUGCUCAUGGACCCUACAUUCAGAUCAUCGAGGAGCCCAAACAGAGAGGCUUCAGAUUCCGCUAUGAGUGUGAGGGUCCGUCCCACGGCGGGCUCCCAGGGGCCUCAAGCGAGAGGAACAGGAGGACCUAUCCAACUGUCAAGGUGUCUAACUAUGUGGGGAUUGCCAGGGUGGAGGUGCAGCUGGUGACCCACUCAGACCCCCCCCAGGUCCACGCUCACAGUCUGGUGGGGAGGCAGUGCUGCACGGAGAGUGGCAUAUGCAGUAUGGAUGUGGGCCCAAAUGACCUCACAGCGCAGUUCAGUAACCUGGGCAUCCUUCAUGUCACUAAGAGAGGGGUGGGGGAAGUGUUGUGCAAGAGACUGAGAGAUGAGAAGAGGAGGCAAGGGGGGCAGCACUAUCAUUUUACUGAAGCAGAGGAACAAGCCAUAGGGAGAGUUGCCAAGGAGCUUGGGAAGGUCAUGGACCUGAACAUAGUGAGGUUGAAGUUCACGGCCUACCUCCAGGACAGUAACGGCGGGUUCUCAAGGGCCCUGAAGCCGGUGGUCUCCAACCCCAUCUAUGACAGCAAGUCACCCAAUGCCUCGAACCUGAAGAUCUCCCGUAUGGAUAAGACCAGUGGGUCUGUGCUGGGAGGAGAUGAGAUCUUCCUACUGUGUGACAAAGUACAGAAAGAUGACAUUGAGAUCCGCUUUUAUGAAGAGGAUGAUGGGAGCUGGGAGGCCUUUGGUGAUUUCUCUCCAACUGAUGUUCACAAGCAGUACGCCAUUGUGUUUAAGACGCCGCCAUACCACAGCACCGAGAUCGAGCGUCAAGUCACUGUAUUCCUCCAGUUGAAAAGGAAGAAAGGUGGAGACUGCAGCGACCCCAAGCAGUUUACCUACGUUCCCCGAGUUCAAGAUAAAGAGGAGGUGCAGCGUAAAAAGCAGAAGCCCUUCUCCUAUAAUGACCAAUGGAGAGGGGCUGGGGGUGCAGGGAGAGGGGCCGGAGGAUUCGGAGGAGGCGGUGGCGGUGAGGAACCUGGAUGCUUCCAGUUUAACCAGCAGAUGAAUGGACCGGGGUGGAUGGAGGGUGGAUUCUCCGGUUUUGGGGGCGGUGGAGCCCAGAUGUCAGGCGCCACUGCCCAGGCUGAGGGGACCCAGCAGCAGCAUGCGGGAGGGAUGGCCGGACAGACGCCAGGACAGACGCCAGGACAGACAGCCUCACCACUACAACAGCAGCUCUUCCAGAUUGCUGCCACUCUCCAGAGCAGGGCCACUCGGAUGAGCAAGCAGACAGCUGGGGCUCUACUACAGUACUGCACCACUGGGGACGUCCGUGUCCUUUUGGCAAUGCAGAGACACCUAUGUGGGGUCCAGGAUAAAAACGGAGACACUCCUUUGCACCUGGCCAUCAUUCACCAGCAGUCAGCUGUGACCCAGCAGCUGGUUCAGACACUCCUCACCAUCCAGCAACACAAUGUCCUCAACAAGCUCAACCACCUCGGCCAGACUCCUCUCCAUCUAGCGGUGAUCACCAGGCAGGUUAAGGUGGUGGAUGUUCUCCUCCGGGCCGGCGCAGACCCCACCCUGCUGGACCGGGACGGCCGGACCGCCCUGCACCUGGCAGCGCUGGCCGGAGACGACGUCACACUCCGGAUCCUGCUGGGGCACCUAGGAGAACGCUACCUCCACCUGGUCAACAUGGCUGACUAUCAUGGUCUCCAUCCUCUCCACCUGGCUGUUCGUAAGGGAGGAGAGCGCUGUCUGCGUCUGCUGGUGGAAGGCGGGGCUAAGAUCAACGCCCCGGAGCAGAAGAGUGGAUGCUCCGCCCUCCACCUGGCUGUUAGAGAGAACUUCUUCAAAGUGGCCUGCACUCUCAUCACAGAGCUGAAAGCAGAUGUAAACAUGUGUACGUUUGGAGGGAACACUCCUCUCCAUCUGGCCGCCAGUCGCAGCUCCCCCCCCCUCUGCUCCAUGCUCAUUGCUGCAGGAGCCGACAAGAAUCUGGAGAACGACGAGCCGCUCUUCUUCAGCUCCUCCUCGUCAGAUGAGGAGCAGGAGGAUGGACCAGUAAGAGAUUUCAGAGAGUCAGCGAUCCAACAGCUACCGGACACACCACCACUUUCAGAGGGAGAACAAGUCAACCCUCGUAAGAGAUCAGCAACAGGACAUACGCCCUUUGACCUGGCUAAAUGUCAUAAGGUGAGAAACCUUCUAGACACCAGACAGAGUCCCAAGCCCAGUCAACAAUCAAGUAAAACGGAAGCAGAAAGAGGGCAGCUAGACAGUGAGACGCUAAGUAAGCUGUGUGAGCUCCUCAGUCUGAACAAUGUGCCCUGGAGACAGCUGGCAGAGAAACUCAACAUGCUCUCACUGGCACACCUAUAUCAGGAGAGUCCCUUGCCCUGUCACAACUUGCUGGAGAAUUACCAGUUGGGUGGCGGUCCAGUGGAAGGGCUGGUGGAAGCUCUACAGUCUCUGGGUCUGACUGAAGGAGUGAGACUACUGAGACAGGCUGAGCUGAGAGAGGACAAACAAAACACAGAUCAGACGGUGGACAGUGGCUUUGCUAGUCAGCCAAUGGAGGAGGAGAUGGAGGAGCCAGCCUUGGCCAACCAGUGAGCAGCAGGAAGGGUGAGGGGUAAGACCCUUGUGUGAGGGAGGUUUCACCCCAACGUUUCAUCAUGGAGAUAUGACUAACUCUGUUCAGCACACACAUUGUGAAUCUGAUGUCAUACCCAAGCCUCUACUGAUGAAUGCAGAGUUCUCUCUGCCAUGACUGACAGUCAACCAGUUUGAAUUUUCCUAAAGAGCUGAAGGGAAGAAAGUCUCAAUGUACAAUUUUAAGUGGCGUCAUAUCUUGUUCCGUUAUUUCUGAUGGUAAGUGACUGAAAGGCAAUUUUCUUUUAUGGUCCAUUUGUGCCUUCUAAAAAGUCCCGGUGUAAAUGAAAAUUCCUAAAUGUGCAACAUCAAAUUGAUCAAUGGAAUUAUCAAUUUAAACAUAUUUAUUGGCUGACAAUAUCUUACUAAUACUGUGUAUUCAUUUGGUUUAAUAUUCAACCAAAUACAAUUAUACAGCCUUAUUUCAAAACUUGUCUGUUGAAUUAAAUGCAUUUUUUUCUGACAAA